GCCGCCGAGCGCCAGCAGGACCCGGCGGGCGCGCUCCCCAGCCUCUCCGUCCCCGCCAGAACCAUGUCGGGCAGGUCGGUUCGAGCUGAGACCAGGAGCCGGGCCAAAGAUGAUAUCAAGAGGGUCAUGGCGGCUAUCGAGAAAGUGCGCAAAUGGGAGAAGAAGUGGGUGACCGUCGGCGACACGUCCCUACGAAUCUACAAGUGGGUCCCUGUGACGGAGCCGAAGGUUGACGAGAAAAACAAGAAUAAGAAAAAAGGCAAAGAUGAGAAGUGUGGCUCGGAGGUGACCACUCCGGAGAACAGCUCCUCGCCGGGGAUGAUGGACAUGCACGACGACAACAGCAACCAGAGCUCCAUCGCGGACGCCUCCCCCAUCAAGCAGGAGAACAGCAGCAACUCGAGCCCGGCCCCAGAGCCCAGCUCCGCCGUGCCGGGGGACGGCACCGAAGCCAAGGCGGACGAGGCGCAAGCCGACGGGAAGGAGCAUCCGGGGACUGAAGAUGCUUCUGACGAGCAGAAUUCUCAGUCUCCGGUGGAAAACGCCAUGAGCAGUUCAGAGAAAGGAGAACGGCAACCUUCUGGGGACUCGGGUCUGGCCGCCGAGUCAUCAGCAAUCUCUCAGGAUUUGGAGGGAGCACCGCCCUCUAAAAAGAUGAAACUAGAGGUCUCCCAGCAAAACUCGGAAGAGAUGUAGGCGCCCCUGGAACGCCUCCGACCCCCGUUUCCUGGAAGGCGCGUCAGCAGGCUUCAUCCUAGGGCAGCGUGGCCCGAGCAAUCGCUCUUGGGUGCGAACACAACUAAGAACGUUUUCAAGUUUACCAAGUGCAAAUCCAAGACCGCCUAGACCGGCGUCCCUUCGCAGACCCUGAGGAACUGCGCUGUGGAGCGGACGUCGGACCUUGCCGUGGCCGUGCUCGGGGAGCGGGCGACAGCUCAGGAGUGACUGCACACUGUCUCGGAAGCCAAGAGUACAUUUGUGUUGCUGCUGUAUUUUUUUUUCCACUUCUCUAUUUAACGAGAUAAGCUAUUCGAGGGUGGAACCGAUCAGGAAGUCGCUUUUCGUCGGAGGCUUUUCACUGUUCAAUCGAUUCCUUCUGCUUUCUUUUUUUGUGCCUUGUGCCCUUGAGGUGACCUCUGGCAUGUUUCCUGGUUGUUUUGCAUCUCCCUUUGCAAAGUGCCCUCUUGGUUUGGUUCAGGCAGCAGCUGCCACCAUGUUGGCCUCUCUCCGGCCCGCCCAGGACUCCGUGGGAACAGGCAGGAUGGAGCCACGGCUGCAGAGGGGCCGGUGCUCCUUGCCCACCUGACUUCCCGGUGAGGGGGCUUGGUGGGUGUGCCCUGAGCCCUGAGUGGGGUCAGCACCAGCCUCCGGGGUCCCAGGAGUCACAGGAAUCAGGACACAGCCCCUAGGAGCUGGCCUCCUCCGGCCCCUGACAGGCCCCGCGGAUGCACAGAGCCCUUGGAUGUUCCUGGCACUUGCACCCCAUCGCCCCCUCCAUCACCACACCACUUUGUCCCAGACCUCCGAAGAAGAGUCGGCUUCCCCGACGGACUGCAGGGUGGUCUCCGUGAGACGGUGACAGGGCCGGGGAGGCUGAGAGCCGGCGGCAGGCAGAGCUGGUGCUGAACUCUCUCCCAUAGGAUGUUGCUUGGAUUUCAAAUCCACGGUAACCUGCUGCCCUCUGCCUCCCCCUCGCCCGCCCCCGCCCGAGGCAAGGUUGGUGGAAGUCCACUCAGCCCUCAGAGCCCGAGGCUGGGCCGAGGCUCCUUCCCGGGACGUGCCUGUGGGGCCUCGAAGGCCGCGGAAGAGGCACCAGGGAAUCGGGAAGAUUUGCACACGCUCCACACGGGAGGCCCCUGGGCGGACCUGGCACGGCGUGGCCCUCUGAGGCCGGGCCUGCUCCUUGUUAAUCUACACACUCCUCAGACCUUAAACCCUCUCCCAAGCUUUCUGGGCUGCACUGGAGUCGUGUGUCGGGGGUGGGGCCGCGGGUCUUGUUCUCUGGCUGAUCGGUGCAUCCCCGGUACCACCUGUGCUGUGAGGCGCUCUCCUGACCACCGUGAGAAGUGUCUGCAGAUCCCGUUUUUUCCUAAGAGUUUCUGAGGGUGGGGCUCCUGCUAUUUUCAAGGGAGCCUACUUCCUGCACUUCAAGAAGAAUCAAAAUGUUCCUGAAUCUCAAAUACCUCAUGCAAAACGUCUCCUGAAAUAAGGGAAGAAAAAAAAAAAAAAAACUUUGGAAAGAAAUCUCCAUGUUGAAGUUGGCGAUGCCGAAAGGUUUCUGUCUUAAACACAAAAUCCUCGGGCUCGCCCGCGCCCCUCGGGCGGUUGGUGCUGCUGCGGCCGGCGGGUCCCGGGCACGCUGAGCUCGGCAGCGAGACUCCGCGUCGAUGAGACAUGAAUUUGCGUAUUUAUUUCCUUUUCUUUUUUUGGGAAACGAGAGGUUACGACCCAGACAGCUGAAGGAACUCCAGCGCACACGUGGGAACGCAGGGCGGGGGGCUGCCAGGGCGGGGGCCAGAGCUGACGUCCACAGUGCCCGGGCUGUCAUUUGUUUUUCUCUGAAGUGCCUGAAGGUAGGAAUGGGCCGGCAGCCAGGAGCUCCGGCCCCGCCGCGCCCACGCCAGGCAACGUGCCAGCAGCCCUGCGCACCACGCUGGCCACGGAGGCCUUCCCCGGGGAUGGUCAGACUGCAGAAAUCGACGUGCUUCCUUCGCCGCCGCGGCUGCCCCUCCUGCCCUGCGCCCCUCGCCCUCGCCCCCCGACAGACCUGUAACCGGGCUGGCCUGGGCGGGGGCCCUAUGCGAAUGCCUUCCGUGGACAUCCGGCCCCGUGGCCUAAAGGGCUCCCAGGGCAGACUUACUCCCCCCAGAACUUGAAGCUGGGGAAGCUGCGGCUACACAUUCCACAAAGUGCUGGCACUUAACACCCAUCACCCGGAAGGCUGUUGACCGACUCACCCAGGGUGCCCUCCCAUCCUCCGGCGGUGUCGUGGUUUGGAGUGUCCAUUCUCGCCCAGGACCUGGUUAGAGGUAUAAAGACCUUUUUUCACCGUCACCCAAUUUUUUUUCCCUCUUACGAUUUUUUUUUUUUUUGGUGUGUUGUACAGCAGUAUAAUUUUUCACUUAUUUAUUCCAUCAGUAGAUAUGGUUUGUACAAUGUACAAUGGUUCCAUUUCAGAAAAUUAAAAAAAAUUUCAAAUCAUGAA